CGUUAAUCACGAAUUCAGCUCCAGCCGAGAGGGGGGAGAGAGAGAGAGAGAGGAAUUCUGAAGUCCCAACUCACAGCAAAAGCCACCACCCAAGGUCCGAACCCGUCAUAAUACCCACACAAAACCCCCUUCGACUCCUCUAUCUCUCUCUUGUGCUACUUUUCUCUCUCAUGGAAAUUCUCUCGCAUGGAGCUUUCGAAACCAAUUCGAAGUUAGGGCACGGAACCGGCCACGAUUGACGUUCAAAAGUACGCGCAGAGAAGAUGUGAUUUCAAGGAUACAUUGAGGCACUUUUAGGUUUUUGAAUCGUCGCAUCUUUAUAGCGUCUAGUUGAACUUCUAGGGUUUUUGCUUUUGGGGGUAAAAUGAAGGGCCCGUUUGAUCGAACGAAGGUUGUGGUACGCCACUUGCCGCCGACGAUUUCCCAGUCGACGCUCACGGAACAAAUCGAUGGCCACUUUGCCGGACGCUAUGAUUGGGUCUACUUCCUCCCCGGAAAGUCCAGCCACAAGUGUCAAUACUAUUCUAGAGCCUACAUCGAUUUCAAGAGGCCAGAGGAUGUUAUUGAGUUUGCUGAGUUCUUUGACGGACAUGUUUUUGUCAAUGAGAAGGGUAUUCAAUUUCGAACUAUUGUUGAGUAUGCUCCUUCACAACGCGUUCCAAAGCAGUGGUCUAAGAAAGAUGGACGUGAAGGGACCAUAUUGAAAGAUUCUGAGUAUCUGGAGUUCCUGGAAUUUAUUGCGAAGCCUGUUGAGAAUCUUCCCAGUGCAGAGAUACAGUUGGAAAGAAGGGAGGCUGAACGAGCUGGUGCUGCGAAGGAUGCUCCUAUAAUCACACCAUUAAUGGAUUUUAUUCGUCAGAAAAGAGCUGCCAAGGGUGGAAUUCGGAGGCCUUCGUCGAAUGGGAAACCAACCAGAAAUGCGACUGGAGCAUCAUCUGGAAUUCGCAGUUCAGCUUCAUCAAGACGAGGGUCCGAAAAGAGAAGGAUUUCUACUACCAUGUAUGUUUUGAGGGAUACUGCAAAAAGUGCAAGUAGAAAGGACAAAUCAACCGACAUGCUGGUUCCUAAACAAGAUGGCCAUCAAAUUUCAGAGAUAUCUGUUGCUUCAGCUGCUGCAUCUGGAACUGAAGUCUCAGAAGAAGAAAGUGGUAUUUCUGGAAGUAUUGAUAUUGGGAAGAAGAAAAUCCUGCUUUUGAAGGGAAAAGAGAGAGAAAUUUCUCAUGUGUCUGGUGCAAUGUCAUUGCAGCAGAGUGCAACAUCUGUUAAAAAUUCACUCGGCUCAAGUUCUUUUAAACAGAACCAGACGCGUGAAGGUAGUGGAAGGAUGAUCAGAAGCAUACUUCUAAACAAGGAUGCACGGCAAACCCAAUCAUCACCUGUAGCUCAUUCUGAACAGCAAAUGCACACCUCGAAUCUGGAAAAGGACAAGAGACCUCCUCGACCACCUAAUGUACAGUUGUUCGUGAAGGAUGCAAAUGGGGCACUGGUAGAUAAGUUCACUGGGAAUGAUUUGCAUGGUUUGUCCAGUGAGAAGCAGGAGAGACGUACAAGGAACAAGGAUAGGCCUGAUCGUGGUGUUUGGACUCCUCUUCGCCGUUCAGAUGGAUCACAUCCAAGUGAUGAGUCUUUAUCGUCUUGUACUUCCCAAUCUACUCAGUUACGGCCAGAUUCUGUAGAUGGAAGUUCUGGAGAGCUGAAAAGUGACAUGUCAAAUGCAAGGAGUGGGGAUGUCAAAGCUGUUGGAAGUGGACGCAGUGGCUACCCCUUGCUAGAUAAUGGUUCCCAUAAACACAGCGGGCGCCGGGGGAUAACACAUAAUUUGAAAGAUGCAGAUGGCUCUUUUAUCAUAGGCGAGGGAAAGCCCUUGAAGAGAGGAGGUUCCUCCAAUUAUGGUUCCCAUGAGAAACAAGUUUGGGUUCAGAAGUCAAGUGCUGGUUCUUAGUGGCUUUUUUGACAGCUGUCUUGUUCAGUGAUUUCCAGUGAAAUUCUUGGUCUUACCAAGUUGGAGUACCACAUCCUAGUGGCCGGAGGCUCUUUUUUGCUAAAUGGAUAAUCGGGUGUUAGCAAAGUUUGAGCAAAACGGGUAUCUUCUGGAGGACCUCAAAGGAACUUCGUAUACCACUAAUGAUGCAAGAUAAUUCAUGCGACUGUUCAAUGGGAUGAAGAAAUAUGGAUCCUACUUAAUCAAAGAUGGCCAGAAAAUGAGCCAAGAGGAAUAGCAAUGGGGAGAUAUUUUCAUGCUACAGGCAUAUAUAACACCACAGUUUUCAUAAGGGCGUCCCUUUAACGGGGUUUUGCUCAAAGGAAGGGGAGUUAUGAUAUCCUCCUAUCGCCAUUGACUCAGCUAGCCAUCGAGAUAUUUUAGGAUUGUAGGUGGGUUUCUUGUUUUGUGUUUUAAAACUGUAAAUAAACGCCUGGAAUAGAUCAUUUUACCCAGGUUAUAUAAGUGGGCUCUGUGUAAUUGGUCUUUUGGGUUUGAGUAAAAAAUACCCGAAGUACAAUGCUGGGAGUGAGUGCUUUUGGCUCCACAGUAUGUCUUUAGUAGACGGCAAAUACAGAGUAGAGUGGCUUUGAAAGAGGUGAGAAUUGGACUUUAGAGUCAGUUGAAACUGAUGAUAUUGCUUUUGGUGUGUGGUGGUGGUGGUGGAUGAGGCUGAAAUGGACUUGCAUUUUGUUCUA